UGUUCAUUAUAUAAUCGUUCUUCAAUGCUUUGGUAUCCCCCUCCCCCCGCGCGCCGCCUCGAUUUUUCCCCUUUCUAACGAGUUAUGUUACAAACUACAAGCUAGGGAUUCUCCCACGUCUCCGUUCUCUCAGUAAACGAAACAAUGGCACCGCAAAAAGAUCUCCCUGGCUUCUAUUUCGACCCGGACAAGAAUCGAUAUUUUCCUAUCAAAGGUCCACUUCCGGGAUCGAAACGCGCUCGCCCUUUCUCGUCCAUCUCUUCUCCACCAGAGGAACGCUCGGGUUCGGGCAGGAGACAUCAUGUGCAUUCGGCAAGGUGGAAAAAGUUAAUGGAAUCUUCCAAGUUGCUUCAAUCUAGGGAGAUAAAUGGUGGACUUCUGAUUUCUAGAAAAGGUCUAUAUAGCUUUCAGGAAGAGUACCAGAAGUUGCUCGCCUCUCAUCCAGAGGUAUGGAAGUACCAUAACACAAACUUUGUUUCUGAUUCUGCACUUGAAGAAAUGCAUGGAGUUGUUCAAACAUUGCAAGGUUUAAAAGAAACACAUCUUCUAGCAAUGGGUGGUAUUAAUUCCUCGAUAAGUCUGUAUGAAAUAAAAAAUGUUCGACAACGCUGUGAUUAUGGGCCCAACUACAUGCCGGCACCAGUUUGGCCCUCUCCUAGAGACUUUCAUGAUGGUGCACCUGGGAUCUUUUCAAAUUCAGCAGCAUUUACAAGUCUGUCUUCCAGCAUAUCUUGUAUUAAAAGGAUUGGAAGAAAUACUCCAAAUACAACUGAUAAUCUUUCAAACUUUCAACAUGCCUUCAGUUACUUAACAAUCGAUUACAUGGUGACCACUCUUGGUUCAGGCGUUAGUGGUGGAUCUGUUUAUGUUCUGAACCUUAGAGAGCCUUUGAAUUUUAGUGAAAAUUCUUCAGGCUUAAGUAGAAGGAUGAACAAAGUUUCAUCAAGUGAUUGUACAAUAUGGACUGCUGAUACCAGCUGUUGCAGUACAAAAGCAGCAAUUGGAACCAAUUUUGGAGUGUCUCUCAUAAAUUUAGAGUCCGGAAGUUCAUCGUUGGUGUAUCGUUGUAGAAGUGAUGUUCUCUCGCAACAAUUUGACCUUUCUGGAAAUAUUUUGUUAUGUGGUAUUAGAAAUGGAACAAUUGUUGCAAUUGAUGUUAGACAAAGGCAACCAAAAUGUUUUGAGGUUUCAGCUAGACUUACAUCAAGGAUACACUAUCCACGUAAAAAGCCUAGGAGAAGUUCAAACUCUUCCAAUGCUGCAUUCAUGUCCUCCGCUGUCUGCAGUGUCGUAGCACUUCAAUCUGAUGAACAGUAUUUCUUUGGCAGUUCCAUGGAUGGAUCGAUCAAACUCUUUGAUCGUCGUUUUCUUAAAAGAGAUAUCCAAUCUUAUGAGGGUCAUAUGAAUUCUCACAGCCAGCUGCAACUUGGUGUCAAUCCAUCCGAAACAUUCCUGCUGUCAGGUGGGCAAGACUGCUUUGUGAGAAUCUGGAGUAUCAAAACCAGCAAGCUGAUCUUCGAAGAGAACGUCUCCAAUUGCAUAUUUCCUACGGUUUGCUGGCCAUAUUAUGGAGACUUUUCAUAUGGUUAUGAUGAAUUUCUUAAGCAUGGUGAGAACCCGUAUGAGUCCACCUGUAGCUGGGGGGUGUGGCUGGGUUCACGUGAAGGGCUUCAUUACAUGCGAGGUACCACCUGAUUCUUCUUCUUCUUCAGGCAAUGUAGUUGCCACCAUUUUUUGAUUACUUGUAGCCUGUGCUUGUUCAUUGCUUGUUCUUCAAAUUAUUUAAAUUAAGAUAUAUCACGAGAGUUUUGAGCUUUUAUUUUAUUUGCAUGUAGAAGAUUGUAGUGUCUGAUGUGUAAUAAUGAGGUUUUAUUGUGUAAAAUAUUCUAAAUAGAGAAGAUUUCAAUUACAUAGAAGUAAAUGAGCUAAUAUUUUGUUUUUA